CAGGCGACAGCUAACAAGGCUAACUGCUGAUUAAGGUCAGACUGGCACAUAGCAGAAAAACAGGGAGACUAAAAAAAAAUGCUAAACUUCAACAUCCUUCAACUCUGCCUCCAGGGAUUCUCAUUUCAAUCUCUUUGCUAAAUGUGAUAUAGCUUGAGAACAACGUGCAGGAUGGUUCUUUGGGGGUCGUACAAAUAAGACAGAGAAACUGCUGAAGCCAUUCGGGUCUUGACUUCAGGUUCUCGUCAUUGUGGAAGAUCGAGGGUCACCAUGUAACCCGGAGGUCGGGCUCAAAAUGUGGGAUCUCUGCCGUCCAAAACCAAAGCUCCGAGUUUGAUCCAUUCAGUCAUCUUGGAGUGAGCAGGUUGUUGCAUUUUCCUGAAGAAGAACACGACUAUAACCUGAUGGAGCCAGAGUGCCAGCAGGGCGCAGAGAGCUACAGUGAAGAAGACAGUGAUGAUGACGAGGACCUCUGUGGAAUCCAACAGGAGAGCUGUGCUACUAACCUGUAUCACCACCCCCAGUUGGAGCGGGACAUCAGGGCCGUCAGGACCUUGUAUUCAGAAUCUGCAGUGUCUGUCAGAGACUAUGAUUCGAUUGAUGGUGUGGAUGUUGACUUAAGCAUGAACACCAGCUUCCUGACUGAGGAAGUGGCCAAAAUCUGGUCAAUCAAUCUAUCAGAGCCCAUCAUUAUCCGUCUGCACUUCUCGUUGUCUCAGUAUCUGGAUGGACCUGCUCCUUCAGUUGAGAUCUUCCAGCCAACUCAUGCUGAUAAUUUCAGUAUUGGGAGACAACUGCAGAAUAUUCUCACAGUCUUCAUAUCGCGAGAGUGGAAACACCUGACGAAUGACAGCGUCGUGAUCCGACAGAAGAGGAGACACAGCUGGUUCAAGUCAAAUGGGAUCCGGAAGUUCCGUGCGAGACUUGGCAUUUGGCUGCCAAUUUCCAAACCAAAUGAGAUCCCUGGACUGGCUAUGAGGGGAAAGAUCAAUUUACAUGCAAUGAAAUCCCAUCGUUUUACAAACCACACAACAUCCUAUACCAUCAAGAAUCCAGCUGGAGAGCUUUUCACAUACACUCCCAGUGGAAAGAGAGUGAUGGUCUCAGCCGUCAGAUCUUCAGCGCAGCUGAGCGCCAAACAGCUGGUAGAGCUGCUGUUCAGCUCCGAGGCCGUCGGGCACUGCAAGAGCACGCCAACUCUGCAGCAUGGCUUCUUGGUACAGAUGAUGAGGUAUGCUGAACAGAGAAUCCCGACGCUCAAUGAAUACUGCAUUAUUUGUGAUGAGCGGCAUGUCUUUCAGAAUGGCCCGAUGCUUAAGCCGGCCGUUUGCUGCAGGGAGCUGUGUGUGUUUUCGUUUCACAUGCUGGGAGUUAUGUCUGGAGCAACGGAAGAGGUUGCGACCGGUGCCGAGGUGAUUGACCUGUUAGUAGCCAUGUGCAGAGCUGCCCUUCAGUCAUCACGCAAGAACGUCAUAUUUGAACCGUACCCCUCUGUUGUUGAUCCAAACAACCCCAAAAUUCUGGCCUUUAGUCCCAAGAAAAGGAGCUAUGACAGGCUUCAGAGAGCUCUGGAUAUAGUCCUGCUAAUCAGAAGGAUGGGACAGGGUCCAUAUUCUGAGAUCAAGAAGCAAAUGGACAAGUUAGACCCGCUCGCUUCUCCAUUAUUACAGUGGAUUCUGGCGAGCAAUAGGUCACACAUUGUCAAGCUUCCACUGAACAUGCAGCUGAAGUUUAUGCGCACACCGCAUCAGUUCCUGCUGAUCAGCAGCCCUCCAUCCAAAGAGGUUCGUUUUCAAACUGCCAGGACACUCUAUGGCAGCACUUUUGCUUUUCACGGUUCCCACAUAGAAAACUGGCACUCCAUCCUGAGGAAAGGCUUAGUUAACGCUUCUUACACAAAAUUACAGCUUCACGGAGCUGCAUAUGGGAAAGGCAUCUACUUGAGUCCCAUUUCAAGCAUAUCUUUUGGAUAUUCUGAGAUGGGGAAAGGACAACAUCAAAUGCCAACCAAGGAAGAGCUCAUAAUGAAGCACAACCGAAUAAAUAUAAUAAAACAGUUUGAAGAACAACAGGGGCAAAGCAGGUUUCCACAAAGCCAAAACUUAAACUGCAUUGCCCUCUGUGAAGCUGUGUGCUUUAACAGUGAUUACCUCAAAAGAUCUGCGGAAACACGGGAACAUCUGGGUGUGUACGGUGCCGGAUCAUGUGUGUACACGCUUCCUCUUUGUCUACGAAAACGGCCAGGUGGGAGACGUGGACAUCGACACGCAGGAACCACAAAUCCAGGAGGAAAUUUUACAAGUAAUCAAUUCAAAGUCGUGCUGAGAAACUCAAAACACUGACAUACUUCUACUAAUAUUUUGCAGGUUUUUGAAUUGUGACCUUAUGUUUUGUAAUUGUGUUAAAUUUUCUAAUAAACUUUUACAUGAUUUGA